AAGAGGUGUGGUUUGAUGAAGAUAUGUUUUUCAAUGAAACGAAUCCCAUUAAAGUGAACACUGUCUCUUUAGCCAAUGAUGUGUAUUUUGAGGAGUCAGAAGAAGAAAGGAAUGAAAAGGUCCUUUUGCUUCAGCGUCUUCAACCUGUUAAAACAAAUAACUCUCUUGAAGAAGUUGAAUCACAAGCUACAAAUACUAUGGAAAGCAAAAGAAAAAGGGUUCCAUGUUGUAUGAAUGCAAAAAAUAAAACAAGAGAAAAUGAAGAACUUAGUUUGAUCGAUGAUGAUACUACGGAAAGCAAAAGAAAAAGGGUUCUAUGUCAUAUGAAUGCAAAAAAGAAAAUAAAAGAAAAUGAUGAUGAUGAUGGUAUAUGUACAAUCUUAUUGAUCCAUUCACCUGAAAGUUUUUAUGACCAACGAUUGCCAACAUAUAACAUUGCUCCAUCUUCUUCAAUCAAAGAUCAUUCACUUGAAAAUACUUAUGACCAACAAUCAUCAGUAUCAAACAUGACCAAUAUUACAUCAUCCUUAACUGAAAGCUAUUCAUUUGAAAGUACCAAUAACCAACUAUCAAUAGCAUCAAAUAUAACAAACAUCACCACAUCUUCUUUAAUCGGUCCAUUUAAAAAUAAUCUUGAAGUUUGUUUGUAUUUGGUACAGCAUCCAGAACUUAUUAAUUUAACAAUGAACAUGAUGAAAGCAGGCGGCCAGGAAUCUAUAACUACUCGAGAAAAGGUUGAUAAGUUUAAUGUGCUUCCAGAAAAGAAACUUGGAAUGCUUCAAAUGCAUUUAAAAUGCCUUUUUUUUCGUACAAGAGUCAUAAAUAAGCAAAUCAUUGAUACACUAAUAAGGUCUUUAUUUCCAAAUAUUCAAAAUACUAGAGCAUCUGAUCGUGCUGCAUUACAGAC